AUGGUCACCCUGAUGCCUUCCCAACUCAACGGGGUCGGAAUCCCUAUCCGUCCCGCCAAGCAGCAGCAGCACCAGCAGCAGUCACAACCGCAGCAGGACCACUCAAAUCACCACUACCACGGCGACUCUCCAAUCUAUACCGGUGUCAGGACGCACAAACACUCUCGCUCGUCAUACUCAGAGUCCUCCCCGUUGGCCGCGUCAAGAAAUAACUCGUUGACUUUCCGACCUUUCAAGCGCCCGAUGCCCACCCCAAACAAGACUAUCGCCGUUAUCAACGCGAGCGGUCGUCAGGCUGCUUCUUUCAUCAGAGUCGCCACUGCUGUUGGCUACCACGUCCGCGCUCAGCUACGGAACCUCGAAGGUGUAGUGGCUACUGAGGUUAACUCUAACCCCAAUGUCACUGUCCUUGUUGGAGAGUUGUACACAAGACACAAGCCGACCCCCGAUAAUAGAGAUGUCACUUCGAAUGGGCCCAUCUCUGGUGUCGGCGUCAACCAUGAUCUGAUCAAUGAUCUCUUCCGUGACACCCAGCUGGCCUUCAUCAACACCACCUUUUAUGGAGACGAGUUCCAAAUCGGCAAGGCGCUUGCCGAUGCCGCCAAGAAGGCUGGAGUCCACCACUACAUCUACUCUUCCAUGCCGGAUCACGCAGCCUACAACUCGGAAUGGCCUUCGUUGCCUCUCUGGGCUGCUAAGCACCAAGUUGAGGAGUACGUCCGCAAGAUCGAGCUGCCAGCGACUUUCGUCUACACCGGCAUUUACAACAACAACUUCACCUCCCUGCCGUAUCCUCUUUUCUGCAUGGAACUCCAGCCGGACGGUUCCUUUAAGUGGCAAGCGCCGUUUCACGAGGACGUGAAGCUGCCGUGGCUUGAUGCCGAACACGAUGUCGGUCCGGCAAUCUUGCAGAUUUUCAAGGAUGGUCUAUCCAAGUGGCGGACAAAGCGCAUCGCCUUGGCUUGGGAAAUGCUCACACCACGCGAGGCUUGCGAGGUCUUUGCAAGAGGUGUUGGCCGCCCCGUCAAGUACAUCCGCGGCCCGAUCGAGCUCAAGGUCAAGAUUCCUAAUGGCUAUCGCCAGCAGCUGGAGGCGUUGGAAAAGCUUUUCUCUCUGGGUCAUGAGGAUCCUAAGAAACAGCCUCCUUACUUUGGCGACGUCGAAUUAGAGGACAACUGUCUCGCCCAAUCAAACGCGUUGUGGGAAGGCCCCCGGGGUCUCGAGGAGUAUGCACAGGAGGCUUUCAUCCUGGAAGAGCAGGCCAACGGCAUGACGUGGAUGUAUGACGACGAGGAGGAAGCACCCGAAGAGGAGGCCGCACCGGUUCAGGGCACAAAUAUUCCCGCCGCUCGCCAGCCAGAACAUGAAGUGCAGCAAGACGAGGAAGAAGACGAAGAAUCAGAGGACGAAGAUGACGGCCUGGUUAUGAGAGGCAACAAGAGAGAUGAGGAGGAGUGGCUCGCUUAA